UAGAAUCUACGGCGGGCGGAGCGGGGAGCAGCUUGCGCCAAAGGGCUCGGGCUGGUCGGUCGGGACGCAUGACGAGUCCCUCUGAAAACUUCAGAGGGGGGGCAAAGUCCAGCCGAACUGCGAGGGGGAGUUAAUGUGUGAGAGGGUAUCCGGGAACAAAAUCACGUGUAUGCUUAAAGAAAUGCUCCGAAGAUGGCGGUGGUAAUAACGACGGGAGUUUCAGGUGUCUCCGGAGUACAAAAAAGUGGAUUUCUUGAUGUUUUGGUGCGGGAACAUUGGCACAAAGUUUUGGUCAACUUAAACGAGGAAGCGCUCACGUUAAGCUGCGAGGAGGGCUGCGAUCCAGACGACGCGGACGACAGCGUCACCUCCAACGGUCUCACCAACGGGUCUUACCUUGGCAACAAUAACGCCAACUCCAACAACGGCCCCCAAGCCGCGCGCACUGCGUUCACGGACCUCCCGGAGCGAGUGCCAGAGGCCAUCGCCAACCGAAAGCGCUGCGUUAAGGUGACCAAGCAAGAGAUCGGGGGACUCGGCGUCAGCAUCAAAGGUGGGAAGGAGAAUAAAAUGCCCAUCCUCAUCAGCAAGAUAUUCAAGGGACUCGCGGCGGACCAGACCCAGGCUCUGUACGUCGGAGACGCCAUUCUGUCCGUGAACAGUGUGAACCUGCGGGACGCGACCCACGACGAGGCUGUGCAGGCGCUGAAACGGGCCGGGAAAGAGGUGACACUGGAAGUGAAGUACAUGCGUGAGGCCACGCCAUACGUCAAAAAAGGCUCCCCAGUGUCAGAGAUCGGCUGGGAAACCCCACCUCCGGAGUCUCCUCGCCUCGGCAGCCCGACCAUCUUCUCCUCUUCCUCCUCCUUCUGCCCAUCUGACUCUCCCAGCUCUCCUUCCAUGCCCUCUCUGUCCCUCCAGGGGGACAGGAGGUGCAUACCACUCAAGAUGUGUUGUGUAACUCGAGCCAUGACCACACCAGACCCUGAGAACAGACAACUGGAGCUGCACUCCCCAGACGCCAGGCACACCGUGGUGCUGAGGUGCCCGGACCAGCCGUCUGCCCUAUCCUGGUUCUCUGCCAUGCAUUCUGUCACAUCCAAACUGGCAAAGCAGGCACUAUCAGAGGUCAUCCACAGCACAACCAGGACGGAUGUAGCUGGCAGCAAAGAGAUACGGCACCUGGGAUGGCUGGCAGGGAAGACAGAGAGUGAGAAGCAAUGCUGGAAGCCGCUGCUGGUGGUGGUGACAGAGAAAGACCUACUGCUGUAUGAGAGUCUACCACGAGGCAAGGAAGCAUGGCAGAGCCCUGCACACCAGUAUCCACUUUUAGCAACCCGUUUGGUCCACUCAGGCCCUGACCGGGGGUCGCCACACUCCGGCACAGAGCUUUUCUUUGCCACUCGGACUGGCACAAGACUCGGCAUCGAGACUCAUCUGUUCCGGGCGGAGACCUCCAAGGAUCUGUCCCUGUGGACCAGACAACUAGUCAACGGAUGUCACGCGUCAGCUGAGAUGAUCAAAGAAGUCACGACAAGUUGUCUAUACCAGAGCCAGGAGUGCCGGCUGGUGAUUCACUACGAGCAGGGAUUCUCCGUGCUGGCUGACCCCAAACUGGGAGAAGGUGAAAAUAGGGAGGAGGGAGGGGCUCACACACCCACCAGGCCUCAGGUGCUCCUGUCCUACCCCUACGAACAACUAAAGAUGUCCUCGGAUGAUGGCGUUCGCAUGCUCUUCCUCGACUUUGGAGGCGAGGAAGGGGAGAUUCAACUGGACCUCCACUCUUGUCCAAAGCCGAUUGUCUUCAUCCUCCACUCCUUCCUCUCUGCUAAGAUCUACCGUCUGGGUCUGGUGGCCUGAGCGCUCUAAAGGGACAUUUUGGGGGGUUUUUUUAGAAAAAGAAACCCACCUUGUUUCUCCAGCCCGCCUGCAGCAGUAGUACACCGCGUCAAACUCCGGUCGAGUACUGAAGCGGAGUUGAAUGUAGCCUCUUUCUGGACCUCCAACUCAAAGUUAAUGAAACACUGGAGAACCCAAUCCAGGUAGGACUUGCUUUGAGUGACUGUUUUUGGGGGGAUAAGCCCUCCCUUGAAGAACCACAGAAGAAACCAUGGACUGGAGGGAGCGGGAUUGUGUAUACAGACGGAUGGACACAGCAUCACUGUCACGUCCAGGAUUAGGAGGAUUGGACACUAUUGAGAUGAAUUCCCUUUUAAUUCAAUCAAAAUGUUAUAGCGAAUGGCCUUCCAUUUACCAAAUAUAUAAUUUAUUCACCAUUAGCUCUAAAAGGACACUCAUUUCACUCUGUCAUUUUUCUUCACCAAACACUUGGAAAAAACGUCAGGCAUUUGUCUUUGUUAGCGUCCACUGAUUGGUCUUGUUAGCGAUGUCAUCAUUAAUCAUUUAAACUGGUUGGGACGAACGCCUGCACAGUCCAACAAUGUCACAACUGAAUCAAAUUCAAAAUAUACCCGCAUUCUUAUAAAGACAUAUAGAUGCAUGUAAUUUGCCCCCAAAUAGUUUCAUAACCAAACGAUAAGAUAAUGUGCUGAAUACUCUGGUAAAUGUAUGUUUGUUCUUUUUAGGAAAAUAAGCCUUUUCACUUUCUCGCCAAGAGUUUGAUGAGCUGCAGCCAGUUUCUUCUUGAAUGGCGGGGUUGAAAACCACUCGCUAUAAGCUAGCUCGUUAAUCAGAACGCUUUAGAGGUGCUAGAGGGUGGAUUUUGUUACUUCCCCUUUGGACACUGUUUGUUUCCUGUAAGAUAAGAUCUCAAGCUCCUGCUUAUGGCCUUACAGUAUAUUUAAUUGACAGAUAUGAGAGAGAUAUUUAUCUACUGAUCUAUUUCCCAAAACUAUUCCUCAAAGGGGCUGCAGUCUUAAUCCUUUCUCAUUUAUUUCAUAGUGGAUUGAGAUUAAUUAUAUCUGAUCAAUCAAGUGGAAUCGUUAAAAUCUAAGGGAACAGAUCUUCUUUGCCAUGAGUACUUAUAAUACUCAUUUCGUAGCCUGAAACUUAAUCAAAAGAUGCUACGAUAUUCACAUCAAGUAUUAUU